AGAUAUUUCAAUAUUGUUUUACAUCAGUAACUUUUAAAAUCAGUUUAUGGUACAGUAAAUAUUUGUUAAGGCCUUUAAUAUAGUAAAAACGCGAACUUAUAAUAUCGUAAAAUGGAGAUACGAAAAAUUUGCGUUCAGAUUUUUCUUGCCGAGCUCACAAUAACGCCAGUAUUAGUGAUUUCAUAUUUGUAUGUUAUAAAGAUGCGACCACAGUUAUCACCGAUGCAAGAAAUUCAGUUCAAAUAUCAAAACGGGUUCUGGAAGAAACGUAUCCUCACAAAUGCUAUACAGUAUAAAAGUGGUCGUGUUUUAUCAGAUGAGAACCUGGAAAAUAUAAAACUUCUCAGUGUUAAUCAGUGCAAAAACCGUAGAUUCCUUGUGUAUAAAUGCGACGGAGCGAGUCUGUGUGGGGGUACGGGGGAUCGUCAAAAAGGCAUUGUAUCAGCUUUUCUUCUAUCUCUUCUAACAAACAGGACCUUCAUUGUGGACAUGACGAAACCAUGCAAUAUAGAAACAGUUUUACAAGUCGGUGUAUAUAAUUGGUCCUUAUGCAAAGGAUAUAUUAAAACUCUUCCUAAGCAAGAUAUCAUGAAACUGAAUUUGUUGUUUGGGAACAGAUCGGUUGCUAAACAAAUUGAAAACAUUGAUUUUGAUAGCCAAUGGACAGCUAAAGUGGUAUUAUUUCGAUGUAAUUCUUUGCUUAUUGACAAAAUAAGACGUCAUAAUUAUACCGAAACGAGGCUUAAUUGGUUACAAAAUACCACUAACGAAGAAACUAUUCACAAAGUAUUACAUACGCUGUUCCAGCCAAAUCAAAGAAUACUCGAGGACUUUGUGAAGCUGUACAACAAACAUGUCCAUGGAAAGAAUUUAGUGUGUAGCCAUAUAAGAAUAGGAAAGAACCCAACCAUUCCUAAGGAUGAAAAGUUAUUGAGAGGAUCACCGAAUGUAACGAGAAUACUUGAAUUUUUGAAAAGGUAUGAUGACCCUAAGAAGUACACUAUCUAUAUAGCGACUGAUUCAGACUCAGUUAAACAAGAUGCUAAAUCAAAUUUAACAUCUUACGUUAAUAUCAACAGACCAAUUGUGCAUGUUGAUAGACGUAUGAAUGAGUCAGUAGCUGAGGCUUGUGAAGGACUUUAUACAGGAAUUUUUGAACAGUUUAUUCUAUCUCUUUGUGACACGCUUGUAUUGACUCGUAGUAGUUUUGGAUGUAUGUCCGCUUACAUGCGAGGAGUUCAGGAUAACAUUUUUCUUUACAACCCGAAUCUUCGAAAAGUUGGCCAAUACAAUUUGACAGAAAUUCAAAGAGUUUUUAAACUUGUCUAGAGGGAGUUGCAAGAAAUAAUCGAUAAAAAUUGUUCAUCUUUAUCCGGUGUUGUUAGAUAUUUAAAGGAUUAUGUAUGAUUCUGUUUUAGCACUUGAAUUAUAAAACAAAUUUUAUUUGUGUAAUAGUUGGAGAAAAUUAGUGUGAUAAUUUAUAGUUUAUCAAACGGAUUCGCCCAAUGAAUAGUCAAUUCAUACUUAAAGGGAUUUCAAAAUUUGAGUAAUAAACAGUUCACAGCCUGAUAAAAUUGCAGGCUGGUCUGGCGCUAAACUUGUGGGGACAGCUGAUCACUUUCAGUUCGAGCAGGAAAAAAAAGCAAUAUAUAACUGAAUCUAUACAAGAGCUGAGACGUUAUUGCUCUAUUUUAUCUAAUUGUUUUGCAGCAAACACUUUUUUCCUUUCCCUAAUGAUUAAAAUGAAGUACAUUCAAGCUUAAAUAUAAUCCUACAAAAUAGGAAUUAAGGUAAAUCUUUAUAUCCACUGCGAUAUCAUGAUAAUUAUUUUAAUAUUUUAAAAGAAAACUUCCAAAAUGCAUAUAUGAAAGAAAUAUUGUAAUAAAAUAAUUAAAAUAUCAAUGGCGCAUUCAAGAAAUCAUUGGUUAACGAUAAAACCCCUACUUAAAAUAGCAAGAAAAAGAAGAAACGACAGGACAACGUACCGGACGUUUUUUCUUUUUAAACGCUUGAUAGAUUUUAUUAAGUUAUAAAGUAUGUUUUAUUUUUGUAACAUGAGAAAUCUUUAGAGAUGCGUGUAUAAUAUUCGCAUACAUCGAAAGAAUAUUUUCUACUCUUUUCACAUAUUCGUUGAUUUCAUUAUACUUAGUCACCUAAAAGCCACAUUUUAUACUUCCUUAUGCGUGGGUUUUAAAGCGAUCAUGGUGUAUAAUCAAUUUGCAGACAUAGUUUACGAUACGAAUCGUGAACACAAAGAACAUAAUGUAAUAUACAUCUUAUUUGACGAAUAAAGUAAACGAAAAUAAUGCUGUAGCUAUUGAUUCUGAAAGCGGCUGAAAUAACAAAAUCUUGUGUUAUUAAAAAAUAUUGCAUGAUGGUACGCCUUUUAUAGCUUAUUCGUCUGCGAAGCAGCUGAGCCUUAUAAUUAUGAUUUAGUGAAAGAGGCAUGAUUUACUGCGGAAUGACAUGAUUUAUUUUGAGAGUCGUCAGUAAAGAUAUAAGUACAAAAAACAUUCACAUACAUCAGCUAUACACUUCAAGACCUAUUUUAAAUUUCUUGCUUUGCUGCAACACAUUUUAAAUGUAUUUUCUUCAAAUGGAAAAACGAUGUUUUCUUAUCUCCGUGUACAAAUAGUGAACUGUGCAACUGUCUGAUUUGGUAGUUAACCGAAACUUAAUAUCGUGGGACCAGACUAAAAUGAAAUGAGCCGCGUCAUGACAACACCAACAUAAUGUGUUUGCGACCAGCAUGGAUCCAGACCAGCCUGCGCUGAUCAGGAUCCAUGCUGUUCGCUAUCAGUUUCUCUACUUGUUAUAGGUUUUGUAAGCGAACAGCAUGGAUCCUGAUCAGACUGCGCGGAUGCGCAGGCUGGUCUGGAUCCAUGCUGGUCGCAAACGCAUUACGUUGGUUUUGUCAUGACACGGCUCAAAUCAAGUCUUCACCUAAAGGGGAACUGUUUUGUAUUUGGACAAAACGCAUCGGUGUAUAUGUGUGAGCUAUUGUAUUGCAAUGUCUAGUAGAUGACCGAAUCCAGUAUACUUAUUUUCAUGUCGUUGGUUUUUUUUCAAUAAUAUGUUUAAUAAUAAUUUAUAUCAAAUUUAUUUUUCUUAAAAAAAAAAGUACUCGCUUUCUUAUUUUUUCCUCGUUGAAACAGUCUCAGUUGAAAUAGGGCGUUAUUAUUAAGAUUUUCUUUUCUUUCUUUUUUCAUUCUUUUCUUUGUUUUGUUUUGUUUGUUUUUAGUAAUAUAUUUCUUAUAUAUUUUUCUUUCAUUUUGUGCAACUAUCAAAGCAUAUGAUGUGAGCAUUCACCUAUUACUUGAGUGACAGAACUUAUAACUGGACUUACGUCUGUUUAAAGUAUCAAAUUGUUGUAAGAAUCAAUUAUAAUAUUAAUAUAAUUCAGUUAUUUUUGCAAUUUCCAAUUUUUUCAUAUUCUAAAGAUGUUUCUGUUUUUACAGUUUCAGUUAACCACGUUUAACCCCGAUUUAUCCGAAUAUCGCACAAAAACUCUUUAAUAUGCAGUAAAACUUAGCCUUCAACACUUGAUCCGUGAAAUAAAUGAUAUGUUUAUUUUUAUACUUUGUCAAUUAUAUUAUCCAUAUCAAUAUAGAAUCUAUAUAUCUGUCAUACUAUAUUUGAUGUACGACUGUUUAAAUCUCCCAUUAAAUGUAUUUUCAUAUCAUUUAAAAUUCGAUUCUAUCUUUAUAUAAAAAUAAUCAAAAUUUUCUGUACCAAUUACUGUAACUGUAGCAGGAGUAAUAUAUUUUUUUCUAAUUUAUAAAUUUCAUGAAUUCCAAAAAGAAUGACCCUUACUGUGUGUGCUGUGUUUUUUUUACAGAGGUUAGAAUGGGGUGGUGAUAUAAAACAUUCCCAGUAGCAAAAAACAUAGAGUUAUAGCUGGUGUUGGUUCAUUUUUAAAUAGAAAUUUUCAUUUACCUUAUUUCAACUGUAAAAUUUGUUUUUUACUGCAGUGAAACAUAUUUUUGGCAUUUUUACUGGUUGAUUACUUUUUUUCUAAAUUCAGCCAAUAUACAAAAUUUAAGGCAAACACUUUCAAUUGCAAUGUCAGAAAAAUAGAAAAUGUAUAUGAUUUACAGAAAAUUCAAGUUUUUUUUUAUAAAUACAGGAUUUAUUUUCAUCUUGUGGUAUGAAAAUUUAUCAUAUUUCACUCGUGGCUACCGCCACUCAUAAUAUAUACAUAUUUUCAUACCACUCGAUGAAAUUAAAUAUCUAUAG